AUGUCUGGUGAACUUCCGACUUAUCCGCCGUCGAAUCGGACUAAUUCGACCAGCGACGAUAUGACCCUCACCAAUCCCACCAAUCCGUCGACAUCCGUAGCUCCAUCGACAACACAUCUUCACCUCGACUCUCACGAUAAACCUGCAGCUGCUGCCACCAGCACUCCCAAUACCGAUACCAAUAACGUCACCAGUAACACUACCGAAAAGGCCAAUACAGCAAGCUCCGACCUACCGAAGAAGUCCAUUACGAUAGAAGAUUCAAGAGACCUCACAGGAACUACCACAAAUGAAAAGCUUCAGCCGAUAACUUCGCCUGUUGCUGCUUCCAGCGACGAAUCGCCUCGAGAUGCACACGCAGGCGCAAAUACAAAUGCAGAGGAUAAUGAGUCGAUAGCCGGCAUCAGUCAGCGAAGGGCUUCAAUACUACGGCCGCCGUUACCGCCACUUCCUUUCCAUCUACGAGAUCAUAAGGGUCCUGUGGCAUUUGCUUUCGCGGUUAUGGUUAUAGACCAUGGAUUCUUUCCUCCUGCUGCAUAUUUUGGCUUGAAGUACGCUACCAAUAUCAGUCUGACAGUGAUCUUUGGAAUUAUUACUGGUAUUUUCGGUGUGGUUCUGGGGAUAGAAUGUCUUGUCAGGUCAAUAAAAUUGAUCUUGAAAAGUCCGAGAUUUCGACCGUUGGGCCAGACGGCCAGGUUUGGGAUGGAUUUCUGGCAAUUCUCCCUGACUGUUUGUCUGAUCAUCAAUGUUGUCUGCGUCUCAGUCGGCACAGCACUCGACCCUCCCUUUCUAAACCUCAUGGCUAUGCCUAUGCCCACCUUAAUAUUCAACAUGUCCUGGCAACUUCUCCUCUCCGAUUUCCUACAUGAAAGAAAAUAUCGAACACCAUUUCGAAUUUCGUCCACACCGAAAGGCGAGAUAUGGCCGCGAUUUAUUUACGUCAUCAUUGAAGACGUUAUUGCCGUCGAUUGUAACGGAAAAAGGGACUGGAGGCAAUCAUGGAAGGAUAGAGUUGAGGCCAGUAAGCCCAUGAGGGAGAUGUUGAAGAGACUCAGCAUGUUUUGGGGCAUUGGUGGGAUCAUGAUAAGUACUCUGUGUUUUGGAUUGUUAUGGGGGUUUGAUAGUGUUAGUGGGAAAGAGGCAGGGUAUGCUUUGGGAUGGUUACUGCCGUGGGCAUGGAUCAUUCCAUCAUCGAUAUUCACGACCUUCUAUGUCAAGAAGAGGUUAAAGGAUGAGCGACACUUCUGUCAACGUUACAAGGGGUCGUUUUCGGCUUGA